GAGGGAGAGAGAGGGAGACUACUUUGAAGGAAGCCCAGCAUGCGAGUGGAUGCUCUAUUCUCCAGGGUCAGAUGUCACAAGAUGAAAAUCUAUUUCAAGAGCGAUUCAACAGGGCUCACCAAGCUGAGGAAGGAUGCCAGCUGCUAACACCAUGACUGGUGGGAGAGCCCUGCUGCUCUGUACAAACACUGACAACUGUAUCUACCAAUCAGUCAACGGGCUCCAGUGCUGUGGCUUAAAGGUUACAGAGGCUCCAUCGUCUGUGGUGCCACAGCCCCAGGAGGUGUGCAGGCAACCUGGACAAAGAGGCGGCAGGGACACGGCAGUGCCCCCCAAGCGUCCCCUCUCCCCCCUGCUUGGCCUGAGUGACAGCUUGGGACCCCCCGACAGCAUGCUGGCUCACAAGAGAGCCACAACCGCCGACCCUCGGAGCCCUGUUGCCGCUGAGAAUGGGCUUUGCGGGAAGUUCAACAACAACAACAACAAGAGCCCGGUGGCACCCAAGACCACUGCCAGCAUACGGGAUAAGAUCUCCCAAUGGGAGGGCAAGAAGGAGCCUGCCCUGCUAACCCCUGCAAGUCCAUGUUCGCUGACGACAGGGCCCAAGGAGAUUGAAACGGUGAAGAAAAAGGAUGGCAAACCCUCAGAGGUCCAAAGGACUGACAGCAAGAGGUUUGUCAGCUGGGAGAGGCAGGACUCAGGGAAGGAGAAUUUAGGAAAAUUGGGGGAUUUGAGACCUAAAUCGCCAGGAGAUGUGAAGAACAGAGACAGAGAGGUGAUCCAGGAGAGAGGACUUCGGGGUGCUAGGCCUGCUGAGCCUCCCCAAGAUAAGAAAUCAGUUUUAACUCAUAUUAAGAAACUGGAGCAGGCCAUGAAAGAGGUUCCUGACAAACCAUCACUGGCAUUCCCAGGAAACUAUUUCUGCCCUCCUUCAAAGGAGGAGCAGGAGGAGGCGGAGAAGAGGGCCAAUGAACCCAUUUUUGGGACUUUCGAUGUGACUCGGCCACGGGCAUCACGGAGAAGGAGAGAAGGGGAUCCAGAGAAUGUGUACGCUGAGCCCGGUGCUCCAUCUAUCAACCCAUUACCAAAACCUCAGAGAACCUUCCAGCACCACACCCCUCCUAGUACUCCUGCAUCAGGGCCCGGUUUGGGCAAGGGCAAGAGGAAUCUGCCCCCUUUGCCUUCUAUCCCCCCUCCACCCCUACCUACCUGCCCACCCCCAGGAGUCUGCAGGAGACCCUGGUCUGAUAAACCUCGGGACAGCAGUAACAGGAAAUCCUACGAGUUUGAGGACGUCCUCCAGUCCACAGAGGGCUGCAGGGUGGACUGGUACGCUCAGUCCAGACUGGGGCUCACACGCACUUUAUCUGAGGAGAAUGUCUACGAGGACAUAAUAGAUCCUCCGUCCAAGGAGAACCCAUAUGAAGAUAUAGAGCUGGAGAGAAGUUGCCUCGGAAGCAAAUGUCUCUCACCCGUCCCUUCAUCUCCUUUCCCCGACACCCCAACCAAGCUCACCUCCAAGUCCGGCUUCUUUCGUCAGAACUCGGAACGUCGCAGCUUCAAGCUCCUGGAGCUUCGCAAGACAGGCCGGGACAUGGGUGUCCCCUCGCCUUCUCGUAUCAGCCCCCCCUCCACACCCAGCAGCCCGGACGACACCCCCUGUCUCUCCGGAGACCCUUACAACCGCAGACGGAGAAAAACCCCAAAGAUGGUGCUGAAAAUCAAUGCCAUCUUUGAGGCCCGGAGAGGGAAGAAACGCAUGAAGAGGGUCUCUCAGUCCACAGAGUCCUGCUCAGGGAGAGUGACGGAUGAGAACAGUGAGUCAGAGAGCGACACGGAGGAGAAACUAAAAGCUCAUAGCCAGCGCCUGGUGUCGGUCCAGUCCAUGCUGCGGCAGACGGGGCGGUACCGGACCCUGGAGAGGGAUCUGAUGGACCUGCCGGAGAGGAAGCUCUUCGAGUAUUUCAUCGUGGUUGCUCUCCACAAGACCAAGGCCGGUGUCCCGUACCUUCCUGAAGUCACGCAGCAGUUCCCCCUCAAGCUGGAAAGGGGCUUCAAGUUCAUGCGGGAGGCCGAGGACCAGCUGAAGGUCAUCCCUCAGUUCUGUUUCCCCGACGCCAAAGACUGGGCGCCCGUCGACAACUUCCCCAGUGAGACGUUCUCGUUUGUUCUGACCGGCGAAGACGGGAGUCGGCGGUUUGGCUACUGUCGGCGACUGCUGCCCAGUGGUAAAGGAAGGAGACUUCCUGAAGUCUACUGCAUUGUUAGCCGGCUGGGCUGCUUCGACCUCUUCUCCAAGAUCCUGGAUGAGGUGGAGAAGAGAAGGGCCAUCUCUCCCGCCCUGGUGCAGCCCUUCAUGAGGGGCAUCAUGGAGGCGCCCUUCCCUGCCCCGGGGAGAACCAUCACCGUCAAGAACUUUCUACCCGGUUCUGGGACAGAGGUCAUAGAGCUGUGUCGGCCAUCAGACUCCCGUCUGGAGCACGUGGACUUUGAGUGUCUCUUCUCCUCACUGAGUCUGCGCCUUCUUCUGAGGGUGUUUGCCUCCCUGCUCCUGGAGCGCAGGGUCAUCUUUACUGCCGACAAACUGAGCACGUUGUCUCAGUGUUGUCAUGCGGUAGUGGCUCUCCUCUACCCCUUCACCUGGCAGCACACCUACAUCCCCGUUCUCCCUCCCUCCAUGUUGGACAUCGUCUGUACGCCCACGCCCUUCAUCGUGGGCCUGCUAAACUGGCGCGAUACGCAGUUGUUUGAAACAGUUCUAGAGCGGAAGCUGUCCUGUGACGUGUGCCGGUGCGAGAGCCUCGUCAGAGAUGCUGCCGUGCCAUCAUCACGUGACGAGAGCUGCCCGCCCGCCACCUUGUGGCCCUGCAACACAACGGCGGGCGGCGGCCUAGUGACCCAUCACAAGGCACAGGGAAGUGUCUUUGAGCGCUGUGGCAUCUCCUUUUUGGGCUGGUCACUGUGGGAGACUCGCCAAGAUAUGGCAGUGGUGGAGCGACCCACCACAUCCCGCUCCAUCACCUUCCGUUUGGACUUCACAUAA